AUGACCUUCCGGCACAAACGCCAGCCCGCCGCGGCCGGGGAAGCCGAGUCCCAGUCCGUCCACUCGUCCCCAGACACGUCGUCUUCUUCCUCGUCCUCCCGGCGCCUCUCCCUCUCCCGCACACUCUCCACACUGCGCCUCAGGCCGGCCGACCCCAACGCACCCCCCGUCGCCAAACCGCCCGGCCGCGGCAUCGGCGUCCACGUCCACAAGAUCACCACCGCCGCCGGGGUCCCCUUCAACAGGGCCGCCAACCUCUUCGGCGCCGAGGGGUGGUUCCCGCAGACCAUGCCCCGCGAGUGCGCCAAGGCCGCCCGGAUCCUCAAGUCCUUCACCGACGAGCCCCUCGGCGGCGGCUCCACGGACCCGGCCGGCACCGCCCUGGGCGGCGACGAGCCCUUCCACCCCUUCGGCGUCACCCGCCGCGCCCUCGUCGCCAUCCCCCACCAGGUCCUCGCCCACUGCGCCGGCCUCGCCAUCUUCAACACCCUCCGCGCGGGCGCCUACAUGGGCUCUCUCGCUGCCGGCUCCGGCCUUGUCGUCGCCCGCCGCCCGGACGGCACCUGGUCCCCGCCCUCGACCUUUGUCGUCUCCACGCUCGGCGCCGGCCUCAUGUUCGGCCUCGACAUCUACGAGUGCGUUCUCGUCCUCAACACCGCCGCCCAGGUCGCCGCCUUCGCGCACCCGCGCCUCUCGCUCGGCGCAGAGACCUCGGUCGCCAUCGGCCCCGUCGGAACGGGCGCCGCCGUCGAGGCCGCCGCGUCGAGGACCUCGCGGCCCAUGUACAGCUACAUGAAGUCCCGCGGCCUCUGGGCCGGCGUGCAGGUCGACGGCACCAUCAUCCUUGCGCGCCACGACUGCAACGCCGUGGCGUACGGCGACCGCCGCAUCUCGGCGCGCAGGAUCUUGCAGACCCAGGCCGAGUGGCCCGAGGGGUCGCUGCCGCUGUGGCAGGCGCUGGUCGCGCUCGAGGGGCGCUACGCGAUGGACCCGGACAUCGCGAGGGAGCUGGCCUUGAUGGGGCCGCCCGGGAACCUGACCCCGCCGCCGGAGGAGGAGGACGAGGAGGAGCCUGCGCCGGCGUACACACCUCGUGUCGCCCCGCCGUUCCGGUCGAAUUGCGGCGGCGAGGAGGGCGUCACGAGCGGGAGCAAGAAUGGCGGGACGCCCGUUGUGCAAGACAAGGAGAGGCUUCGCCGGACGAGCUGA